UAUAUAUGUAUGUUGUGGAGCAAAGGGAGUAACAAAAACGUCUCCAAGUAGAGGAAGAUGGAUGAGUUUAGAGUAAGACAUGAGUGUUCAUCUCUUCGUGGUACUUUGUUGGAUUCAAGAUAUGCCAAGGCAGUGCAAUGCCUUGUAGAAGAAGUUAUCGAUAUAGGUGGUAGAGAUGUUGAGCUCUGCAACGACAUCCUAAUCCAACAAAUGUUUCCAGGAAGGAGAAGAUCCGGGUUUGGUUUGUCUUCCGAAAUCAAAUCCGAACUUUGCAGUGCAGGUUUCAUGUCUUUGCCUGAGAAUCAUGAGAUUCAUAUCAAAAUCACCAAGCUUCUCAGUUUGUUGCAACAGGUAGAAGAAAGAUUUGACAUGUACUGCAAUCAAUUGGAGCAAGUGAUCUCAUCAUUUGAGGAAAUAGCAGGAGAUGGAUCAUCCAAAGUAUACACCGGUUUAGCUCUCCAAGCCAUGACUCGUCAUUUCGGUAGCCUUGAAGAAGCAAUCAUAUCUCAGCUCAACUCUGUUCGUCGGAGAUUUAUCAUCUCUCAGCAAGAUGUGCCCAAGAUCAUCAGCUCUGGCUUAUCACAGCUCAGCUUGUUCGAUGGGAACACUUCAUCAUCACUUCAGCGUCUUGGUUUGGUUCAAGGACCACAGAGACAUGCUUGGAAACCCAUCAGAGGCUUGCCUGAGACUUCCGUUGCGAUUCUUCGAGCUUGGCUCUUUCAACAUUUCUUGCAUCCUUAUCCGAAUGAAGCAGAGAAGCUGGUGUUGGCGUCUCAAACAGGACUUUCCAAGAACCAAGUAUCGAAUUGGUUUAUAAAUGCUCGAGUUCGACUCUGGAAACCGAUGAUAGAAGAGAUGUAUAGAGAAGAAUUUGGAGAUUCCUCAGAUGAAUCCAUGCAAAGAGAAGCUAAUGAUGAUUCAAACUGACUGAAACAAUUAAAAACAGAACAAAUGUUCUCUGUCUAAUUAGAUCUAUGCUUCUUCUUUUCAUGAAUUUGUUAGUCAGUUUUAUCUCUUCUUCUGUAUGUUUCUCUAUCUUUACUCUUCCCCAAAGUCAACAUCGUACUGUGCACUGGAUUCAAGUU